UUGACCGGCACUGCCCCUGCGCCUGUUGGUGUUGCUGGCAUGGUCUACACGACCUGCAAGACCCCUGGCACCUUUUCCAUCUCAUACGAUGACGGUCCAUCCGCUUACACACACGAGCUCCUCGAUAUGCUCGACAAGGAGAAUCUCAAGGUGACCUUCUUCGUCAACGGCAAUAACGACGGUUGCAUCUACGAUCCUGCCAUCCAAUCAAUCCUCAAGCGUGCCUUCCAAUCUGGCCACCAGAUCGCCUCUCACACCUGGUCUCAUCCUCAUCUAACGACCCUCAGCGAAGUCCAGAUCAACACCGAGAUGACCCGUCUCGAACAGGCCUUCCAGGACGUCCUCGGUGUUGUGCCCCGCUACAUGCGCCCUCCCUUUGGUGACGGUACCUUCAGCCCAGGCAGCGCUGGCGAUGUCAAGGUGCAGAAGGUGCUGAAGGAUUUGGGCUAUGCCAUUACCACCUGGGAUAUUGCUACUACGGAUGCCGACUUUGACGAUAACAACACCCCACACAAGACGACCGAUGAGCAGAUGAUGCAGACCGAGAUGAAGCAGGUUACCUCGGUUGUGGACGCAUCGCCCAAGGGUGCCACGCACAUGCAGCUGAUGCACGAUACCUAUAUGCGUACUGUCCGUUUGAUGACUCCGUGGUCCAUCAACUACAUUAAGAACCUGGGCUACAAGAUCGUCCCUGUUGCCACUUGCUUAGGUGAAGAG